GGGCACCUGGGCGGCCGCGGCGGCGCGGAGCGGCGACCAGACGCGCGCGAUGGAGGGCGAGAGCGGGAGCCCGUGGGCUCUCGGGCUGCUGCGCACCUUCGACGCCGGCGAGUUCGCGGGCUGGGAGAAAGUCGGCUCGGGCGGCUUCGGGCAGGUGUACAAGGUGCGCCACGUCCACUGGAAGACGUGGCUCGCCAUCAAGUGCUCGCCCAGCCUGCACGUCGACGACAGGGAGCGCAUGGAGCUUCUGGAAGAAGCCAAGAAGAUGGAGAUGGCCAAGUUUCGUUAUAUUCUGCCCGUGUAUGGCAUCUGCCAGGACCCCGUCGGCCUGGUCAUGGAGUACAUGGAGACGGGCUCCCUGGAGAAGCUGCUGGCCUCCGAACCGCUGCCGUGGGAUCUGCGCUUCCGCAUCAUCCACGAGACCGCGGUGGGCAUGAACUUCCUGCACUGCAUGGCCCCACCACUCCUCCACCUGGACCUCAAGCCAGCAAACAUCCUGCUGGACGCCCACUACCAUGUCAAGAUUUCCGAUUUUGGGUUGGCCAAGUGCAAUGGGCUGUCCCACUCGCACGACCUCAGCAUGGACGGCCUUUUUGGCACCAUUGCCUACCUCCCUCCAGAGCGCAUCCGAGAGAAGAGCCGGCUCUUUGACACCAAGCACGAUGUGUACAGCUUCGCCAUCGUGAUGUGGGGCGUGCUUACCCAGAAGAAGCCGUUUGCAGACGAGAAGAACAUCCUGCAUAUUAUGGUUAAAGUGGUGAAGGGCCACCGCCCGGAGCUGCCGCCCAUCUGCAGAUCCAGGCCACGCGCCUGCAGGAACCUCAUGCGCCUCAUGCAGAGGUGCUGGCACGGGGAUCCGCGUGAACGACCCACCUUCCAAGAAAUUACUUCUGAAACAGAGGACCUGUGUGAAAAACCUGACGAGGAGGUGAAAGAGACAACUCAGGAUCUGGACGUGAAAAACCCACCGGAGCCCAGGAUCGAGGCGCCCGUGCCCACGCCCCUCAAGCGAGCCUCCGCCCCGACCUUCGAUGACGACUACAGCCUCUCCGAGCUCUUGUCUCAGCUGGACUCGGGCAUCUCUCAGACCCUCGAGGGCCCGGAAGAACUCAGCCGCAGCUCCUCCGAGUCCAAGCUUCCCUCGGCCGGCAGCGGCAAGCGGCUCUCGGGCGUGUCUUCUGUGGACUCUGCCUUUUCCUCCAGGGGGUCGCUGUCUUUGUCCUUCGAGCGGGAACCCUCGACGGGUGAUCUCGGCGCGACAGACGUCCAGAAGAAGAAGCUCGUGGACGCCGUCGUGAACGGGGACACCAGCAGGCUGAUGAAGAUCCUGCAGCCCCAGGACGUCGACCUGGUUUUGGAGGGCGGUGCCAGCCUGCUGCACCUGGCCGUGGAGGCCGGGCAGGAGGAGUGUGUGAAGUGGCUUCUCCUGAAUAACGCCAACCCGAACCUGACCAACAGGAGGGGCUCGACCCCCCUGCACGUGGCCGUGGAGAAGAGGGUGCGGGGUGUCGUGGAGCUCCUGCUGUCCCGGAAGAUCAGUGUCAACGCCACGGAUGAGGACCAGUGGACGGCCCUCCACUUUGCAGCCCAGAAUGGGGACGAGUGCAGCACGCGGCUGCUCCUGGAGAAGAAUGCCUCCAUCAACGAGGUGGACUUCGAGGGCCGGACGCCCAUGCACGUGGCCUGCCAGCACGGGCAGGAGAGCAUCGUGCGCAUCCUGCUGCGCCGAGGUGUCGACGCAGGCCUGCAGGGGAAGGACGCCUGGGUGCCGCUGCACUACGCCGCCUGGCAGGGCCACCUGCCCAUCGUCAAGCUGCUGGCGAAGCAGCCGGGGGUGAGCGUGAACGCCCAGACGCUGGACGGGAGGACGCCGCUGCACCUGGCCGCCCAGCGGGGUCACUACCGCGUGGCCCGCAUCCUCAUUGACCUGCGCUCCGACGUCAACGUCGGCAACCUGCUGGCGCAGACGCCCCUGCACGUCGCCGCAGAGACGGGCCACACGAGCACUGCCAGGCUGCUCCUGCAUCGGGGUGCCAGCAGGGAGGCGGUGACCGCAGAGGGCUGCACCGCCCUUCACCUGGCUUCCCGGAAUGGGCACCUGGCGACCGUCAAGCUGCUCGUGGAGGAGAAGGCCGACGUGCUGGCCCGGGGGCCCCGGAACCAGACGGCGCUGCACCUGGCCGCCGCCAGCGGCCACGCGGAGGUAGUGGAGGAGUUGGUCACUGCCGAUGUGCUCGACCUGGCCGACGAGCAGGGGCUCAGCGCGCUGCACCUGGCCGCCCAGGGCAGGCACACCAAGACAGUGGAGACGCUGCUUAAACACGGGGCCCACGUCAACCUGCAGAGCCUCAAGUUCCAGGGCGGGCACAGCCCGACCGCCACGCUCCUCCGGCGAAACAAGACCUAGCCUGCUGCCCGUGGAGACCGGGACCCCUGCGGGGUUCUUGUGUCAUCCGUGUGUUUCGCUGCGGGGACG